AAAAAAGAUGAAGAGAAUUUCAUGGCCAUUGUUGGUUCGUAUGACUCCUCUCCCCUCCUCGGGAGAGAAACUUCUAGUGUUGAUGUUGAUUCAAGUCCUACCACGAAAGUAGAUGACUUAGAUGUUGAAGUCUGUAGUAGUGAGGAUGAGGCUCAAAGUAUUAAGGAUCUUCAAGAUGCAUAUAACCAAUUAUAUGAAAAAUGCCUUCAACAAAAGAAAAAGAUGCUUUCUUUGAGCACGAGGCUCAAAACAAGGGAAGAUGAUAAGAGAACAGUUCAUGUAGACUUAGUGACGCCCAAAGUUCACAUUUGUGGGCUUGAGGAAGAGAAUAAGUCUCUUUUACACAAACUGAGCUUUCUUUAG